GGGAGGCCAGUCUGAAAGGGCUCAUUGUGUUGAAUGUGAAUGUAGAGUAAGCUGUAUGGUGUGUGGAUGCUGUGUACUGUAUCGCUUGUCAGUACUGGAAGGAUUAACCAGCUACACAGAGGACCGCUAAGCUUGAAUCAUGCACACCAUCACCAUUACGACAAACUGGGAGUGGUGCAGAAAUUGUGCAAGAUACGGAUAGGAACACGUUUUAUUUUGCUUCAACGCCUUGCUUGAUUAUUUCUUCACUGGAAAUGAAUGAAGAUGGUCAGACUAUUCAGAAUUGUUUUUCUUGAAUUAGAUUGUUUUUAAUACGUCUCGUUUUGCUGUCUUCGCCACGUUUGUUUUGCUGGAAGUGGGCUGGACUGGGACAAAACUGGAGAGUUCGCUAGAGGCAUUCUGCCCAGGAUUGAUUUUUGUCUCGCUUUGAUUUUUUUUUUAAGUCGAAGAGUAAGGCUGGAAAUCUGCCAUUCAUACAGACUAGCUACAAUAUGGGGAACGCAGGCAGUAUGGAUUCUCAGCAGACUGAUUUUAGGGCUCACAACCUGCCCCUGAAAUUACCGAUGCCCGACCCAGGUGAAUUGGAAGAAAGAUUUGCCAUCGUUUUGAACUCCAUGAACCUUCCGCCGGACAAAGCCAGGCUGCUCCGCCAGUACGACAACGAGAAGAAGUGGGAGCUGAUCUGCGAUCAGGAAAGAUUUCAAGUGAAGAACCCCCCGCACACCUACAUCCAGAAGCUGAGGGGCUAUCUGGACCCAGCGGUCACUCGGAAGAAAUUCCGCAGAAGAGUACAGGAGUCCACGCAAGUCCUGCGAGAACUGGAAAUUUCUCUAAGAACCAAUCACAUCGGGUGGGUCCGAGAAUUCUUAAAUGAAGAGAACAAAGGUCUUGACGUCCUGGUUGAAUACCUUUCUUUCGCACAGUAUGCAGUCACGUUUGACUAUGACAGCCUAGAAAACAACAUGGACAACGCAGUGGACAAGUCCAAGCCGUGGAACCGCUCCAUCGAGGACCUCCACGGGGGAAGCAACCUCCCCUCUCCCGUGGGCGGGAAUGGUAUCUCCCGCUCAGGAAGGCACCCUUCGCUACGGUGUAACACGUUGCCGAGCCGGAGAACCCUGAAGAACUCCAGAUUAGUUUGUAAGAAGGAAGACGUCCAUGUUUGCAUCAUGUGUUUACGAGCCAUCAUGAACUACCAGUACGGCUUCAACAUGGUCAUGUCCCACCCGCACGCUGUGAACGAAAUUGCACUGAGUCUCAACAAUAAAAACCCCAGAACCAAAGCUCUCGUUUUGGAGCUGUUAGCGGCCGUUUGUCUCGUCCGGGGAGGACACGAAAUCAUCCUCUCUGCGUUCGAUAACUUCAAGGAGGUCUGCGCCGAGACGCAGAGGUUCGAGAAGCUGAUGGAGCAUUUCAAGAACGAAGACAACAACAUCGACUUCAUGGUGGCCUGCAUGCAGUUCAUCAACAUCGUGGUCCACUCGGUGGAGGACAUGAACUUCCGCGUGCACCUGCAGUUCGACUUCACCAAGCUCAGCCUGGACGAGUACCUGGACAAGCUGAAGCACACCGAGAGCGACAAGCUCCAGGUGCAGAUCCAGGCCUACCUGGACAACGUGUUCGACGUGGGGGCCCUGCUGGAGGACGCCGAGACCAAGAACGCGGCGCUGGAGCGCGUGGAGGAGCUGGAAGAGAACAUGUCUCACAUGACGGAGAAGCUGCAGGACACAGAAAACGAGGCUAUGGCCAAGAUUGUGGAGCUGGAGAAACAGCUGAUGCAGAGGAACAAGGAGCUGGAUUCCAUCCGGGAAGUGUACAAGGACGCCAACAGCCAGGUGCACACGCUGCGCCGGAUGGUGAAGGAGAAGGACGAGGCCAUCCAGCGGCAGUGCCACCUGGAGAAGAAGAUCCACGAGCUGGAGAAGCAGGGCUCCAUCAAGGUCCAGAAGCGGGGCGACGGAGACAUCGCCAUCCUGACCUCCGGGUCGCCCGACGGCGAGGGCGGGGCCGGGGCCUACGCGGGCGGGGCCAUCAGCCCCCUGGGCCCGCACGCCGGGGGGCUCCUGGGCGGGGCGUCCCCGCCUCUUCCCCCUCCGCCACCUCCGCUGCCGGCGUCGGGGUCUGUGCCAAACGGGCCUUCGGGUACCUCCGCCCCGCCCCCGCCCCCUCCGCCUCCCCCUCCUCCGCCCCCGCCCCCUCCCCCACCCCCUCCCCCGGGCCCGGCCGUGGACAUCUCCCCGCCCAUGGCCCCGCCCCCGCCCCCCGUGGCCCCGCCUCUUCCUGGCUGCGGGUCCCCCACCGUCAUCUUCAACUCGGGCCUAGCAGCGGUGAAAAUCAAGAAGCCCAUCAAGACCAAGUUCCGCAUGCCGGUGUUCAACUGGGUGGCACUGAAGCCCAACCAGAUCAACGGGACCGUGUUCAACGAGAUCGACGACGAGAGGAUCCUGGAGGAUUUGAACGUGGACGAGUUCGAGGAGAUGUUCAAGACCAAGGCGCAGGGCCCGGCCAUCGACGUGACGGCGAGCAAGCAGAAGGUCAUCCAGAAGGGCCCCAACAAGGUGACGCUGCUGGAGGCCAACCGGGCCAAGAACCUGGCCAUCACGCUGCGGAAGGCGGGGAAGACGCCGGAGGAGAUCUGCAAGGCCAUCCAGAUAUUCGACCUGCGCACGCUGCCCGUGGACUUCGUGGAGUGCCUGAUGCGCUUCCUGCCCACGGAGAACGAGGUGAAGGUGCUGCGGCAGUACGAGCGCGAGCGCAAGCCGCUGGAGAGCCUGACGGACGAGGACCGCUUCAUGAUGCACUUCAGCAAGAUCGAGCGCCUCAUGCAGAAGAUGACCAUCAUGGCCUUCGUGGGCAACUUCGCCGAGAGCGUCCAGAUGCUCACCCCGCAACUUCAUGCGGUUAUUGCAGCAUCGGUGUCAAUAAAAUCAUCGCAGAAGCUGAAGAAGCUUCUCGAGAUCAUCCUGGCCCUGGGGAACUACAUGAACAGCAGCAAGCGUGGAGCGGUCUACGGCUUCAAGCUGCAGAGUUUAGACUUGCUGUUGGACACCAAGUCCACCGACCGGAAAAUGACGCUGUUGCACUACAUAGCUAACGUGGUGAAGGACAAAUACCAGCAGGUCUGCCUGUUCUACAACGAGCUUCACUAUGUGGAGAAAGCAGCGGCAGUGUCGCUGGACAACGUGCUGCUGGACGUGAGGGAGCUGCAGAGGGGCAUGGAGCUGACCAAGCGGGAGUACAGCAUGCACGGCCACAACACGCUGCUCAAGGACUUCAUCGCGCACAACGAGGGCAAGCUCAAGAAGCUCCAGGACGACGCCAAGAUCGCGCAGGACGCUUUUGACGAUGUGGUGAAGUUCUUCGGGGAGAACGCCAAAACGACGCCCCCUUCGGUGUUCUUCCCCGUGUUCGUGCGCUUCGUCAGGGCCUACAGGCAAGCGGACGAGGACAACGAGCAGAGGAAGAGGCAGGAGCAGAUGCUGAUGGAGAAGCUUCUGGAACAGGAGGCCAUGAUGGACCAGCAGGACCAGAAGUCCCCAUCCCACAAGAACAAGCGGCAGCAGCAGGAGCUGAUCGCCGAGCUGAGGAAGAAGCAGGUGAAGGACAGCCGCCACGUGUACGAGGGCAAGGACGGCGCCAUCGAGGACAUCAUCACCGUUCUGAAGACUGUGCCGUUUACCGCCCGAACCGCCAAGCGGGGCUCUCGGUUCUUCUGCGAGCACACGCACACUGAGGAGAUCCAUUACUAAAACUAUGCUCUCUCUCAGAAAGGAUCUCCGAAAUCAGCCCUACAGACGAGCUGACGCGGUGAGGAGGAGUGUCAGGAGGCGCUUUGAUGAUCAGAACUUGCGGCCGGCGAACAGCGCGGAAGUGGCCAUGUGAAGGAUACGCGGACGUGACGGGAAAGGGGGGGGGGAGCUUCGCACCCCCGCGGAAAAAGACUGAGCUUUCGCUACGAAGGAUCGCUCUGUAGGGAGGGGGGAGAAGGAACGGGAACGGGAGGGGGAGGGUAUGAAGCGUAAAGAUUUUUGGAAACCUUGGACAAGCUAAGUGCCUAAAUGAAAUUCGGACGAUUACUUCAAGCAAUAUGACCCGGCCUGGCUGUAGUAGUUUCUCAAAUGACUUUUUAUUUUAUUUCUUUCCCUCGAUUUUUUAAAAAACUGGACACAAACGUCUGUAAGGAAAGGACCCUUAAGUCUUUCCUUGGAAAGCGUUCGAAUGUAAGGAAUGUUGUUAUGGAGCUGUUCUGUCGAAGGUAAUUCCACAACAGUCGCGUACUAUGAAGUUCCAUAGUAUCCUAAUACAUUCCGGUGCUGCUGCCUUUAGCCUUGAAAUUUAUAAUGCUCGUUGGCUGCACUUUUUAAAAAAAACAUCAGCUUUUACCUUUUUUACUCAGCGGCUAAUGGCUUUUUUUAAAAAGAGAAGGUACCCCGUUUAGUGUGGACCGGCUAUAAGAAAGAAAAUUUACCCUCAGCAAACGUAUAAGAAAGUUGUCAAAGGGUUUUUGAACCAGUUGCUCACAAAGCAAGGAAAGCGCAGGUGUGGAGAAAUGGGCGGAGUUAACAGGGCAAGGCGGCGCUCUAAAGACGAGACAAAGCUAAUGUGAAUUGUACAUAGGCCACGCCCCCCCAUACUAAGGUAUUAAUAUCUCAUUCAUCAGUGUUAUGGUUAGUGGACCAAGCCGUAAAAAGACAACCCUGUACAGUGUGACGAGAUCAUCUACUGAAGUAGAGCUUCAGCGCCAUUCAGUUGCAACGCAGCUGUGUUUGUCGAGUGUGCCGACAGAGGGACAAAUCACUUUUUUGUGGGGGGGGGGGGGAAGGGGUAGGGGAACAGACCACAUGGAAGAUGUGUCCGAAGGUUAGACGCACUUUCACCAAAGCCUAGGGGCCGCAGACAAGGCGCCAAGGGCUACUUGAGUAGAUUGUCGCGAAUUGCCAUGAUUUUUUUUCAUGAAACUGAACUGGAUUCUCAUUUUUGUACUUUCUGGGAAAAAAAAACAGCUUUUUGGCUAACGGAUCUAGGCGUUUGUGUCUACUCACCGUCUUUGUAAGUUUAAUGUAUAGUAUUUAACCACUGAAACUGUUUCCAUUCGGUUUUUUGCUCAUACGGCCCUCUUUUACGGGAGUUCCAGUUGUUUUUUGAUAACGUGUAGUUAUAUUAAAAACGCGGCGAAACAGGCAUUCACAGACUUUUUCUAAAUGUACAGAUAUUUUGCUACAGAAUUACCAUUUUUGUCUCAUUUCCCUCAACGUAGCUUAAGGUCAACAUUGUACAUAUUGUUUAAACGGAAGGUUUGCCACACACUGUGCUAUACGGUUUGAAUGUUAUUUUAACUUAUAGUUUUUUGUGUUCUGUUUUGUAUAUUUAAUGAAGCAGUGAAGGAGGGCGGGGCUCAGCGGCGAGACGGAGAGAGAGAGCGUUUAAAUGGAAAGACCUCUCACGCUGAGCAGAACGCCCCGCGUCAUGCCUGCCUGGCGAUAAAGAGGCUUUCGACCUUUGACCUUUUCAGUGAAGCUUUUACCGGUCUGUUGACCCUAAAACACCCACUCCAUAGCAUGUGCACCAACUGUAUUUCUUUAACAAAUCUACAUGUUACAUAUGUGAACUCUUGACUCCGUUUCAUCUUUAGACAGGACAAUAACGGGCAUGGUUUUUUUUCCCCCGCAAUGUAUUAUAGGUAAUAAUUGCUUAUUUGCAACAUACUUUUUAAUAACACAACUCAGUUAGACCUCUGAUUUCUGAUUUCAAUGGUUAUGAUCAAAUAAACUAUUUACACAUUUA